AUGGCAAAAGGUGCAGAAGGAUGCGCGGGGGAAAAGGUUGCCCAGAUGCUAGCUACUGUUGAAGUGGAUAUUGCUACCGUUUCCAAAGCCUUUGCAUCAUCAAACCCGUUAUCUCUACCAAUGUUGGCAACAGCACCGACAUCCGAAGCAGCUGUGCCGGCUGCCAGGACAGACGCCGACGUUUCGUUUCCCGACGUGCCCCCAGCAUUGGCGCCCGUAGCAGUUGCGCCAGCUGCUAUUACACAUGUAGUUGUUGCGCUAAGCGCUGUCGUUCCAACAACCGCAACCGUUGCGCCAGCAGCCAUGACAAGCGUCGACGUGCCGACAUCCGAAGUGCCCACAACCUUGGCGCCCGCGACAGUCACACAUGCAGAUUUUGCGCCAAGCACCUACGUUUCGACACCCGAGGUGUCCACGACGCCAGCAUCUGAAACGCCCGCCAGAUGGCCGUCUUUCCGUAUGGCUCGGCCGAGCCAAGAUGAUGGCAUGCUGUACACCAUAUUGGCUUCCCUUGAAAACCACAACCGCCAGAUAUCCAACCAGCUAGCGAACUACAAUCGCCAGGUGCUGAGGCAAAUAGAGGCAAUCAACAAGAAGGUCGAUGCGUUGAGGGCAGUUGUCGACGUUUCGACUGUUGUAGCGAAACCUCAGUGCUUUCAGCGCUUUGAUUGUUUUAGUUGCUAA